GGGUCUCACCGCCCCGCUACGAGUCCACUGCCUAAUUCACCAGCAAGCACUGUGCUGCAAAGUGUUGACGUGGGAUUCUGUAAUGAAGGUUGUGGUGUCGUGCAUAAACUUCAUCAGAGCAAAGGGACUUAAACACAGGCAGUUCCAAGAAUUCCUGUCUGAACUGGAGUCUACGCACGGAGAUGUGCUGUACUACACAGAGGUCCGAUGGCUGAGCCGGGGCAGUGUUUUGAGGCGUUUUUACGAGCUGCUACCCGAAAUUAACGCAUUUCUUCAUUUAAAAGACAAAACGGUCCCAGAGCUGAUCGACCCAGAAUGGAAAUGGCACCUCGCAUUUUUAACAGACGUGACAGAAAUACUUAACAGCCUUAACUUGCAGCUACAAGGCGAGGGGAAACUCAUUUGCGACAUGUAUUCACACAUAAAAGCAUUUGAGGUGAAAUUAGCGCUGCUUUUGGAACAAGUGAAAAAGCGCAACUUCGUCCAUCUUCCUGCUACCCAAAACCUGUCGACAGAGAACCCAGCGGUCCCGUUCCCAGCUGAAAAGUGCGUGGAAGCACUGGAAAUGCUGAAGGCGGAGUUCGGUGUGCGAUUCAGUGAACUACAUGUUCAUGCAAAAGAAAUCCGUCUUUUUCAGAACCCCUUUGUUGCCGACAUUGAUGAAGCCCAGCCUUCAUAUCAGUUUGAGUUGGCUGAGUUACAGAACUGUGAUGUUCUGAAAGACGCAUUCAAGCCCAACAGUCUCAUUGACUUCUAUGCCGCCCUCCCAAACGACACAUAUCCAAACAUCAAAAAACACGCAAUGAAAAUGUCCACAGUUUUUGGCAGCACGUAUAUCUGCGAGAAAACCUUUUCUCGCAUGAAACUGCUGAAAACUCCGAUGAGAUCAAGAUUGACAGAUGAACAUUUGCAUCAGUGCUUGAGACUGGCUGUAACUAGAAUGGAACCUGAUAUUCAACUUCUCACCAGCCAGAUGCAGGCCCACAGUUCACACUGAUGAACAUACAUAGGGAAGUUGAUGAGAGAGAGCUGCAAACAGCGGUGUCUACAAGCC